GAGAUGACCAGUCCUGGUUUAUUCGUCGUAAACUAAUACACAUUGUAAGUACAUACAUAUACUGUAAAAAAAUCUGCAAAAAUCCGACUUACAUAUGUACAUAUGUGUAAAUAUGUACUGGUAUUGAUUUGGUAGCAAUUUCCUAUAUACCAGAUUGGUUGUAGUUAUUUGUUUCAAAGUGGUAAACAUUUCAUUAUCACCAUAACUACAUAAACCGUUGUGCUCGUUAUUACGAUGCCGGUAGAGAGUCAUAUCUGACUCCCCUCAGUAAUGAUUUAGUACCAGUUAUCAAAAACAUACGUACAUACAAAGAAUGCGCAUACAUAGAUAUGUACGUGUAUCAAUAAGAAGUUAAAUUCUUCAAAAAACCUAUACGUAUGUAUGUACAUAUGUUCAUACAUAUUUUCGCAUAAAUAAUGCAUUCUCGAUCGAGGUUCUCAUCUUUUUGUGGGUGUAACAGCCCUGGAAAUCCAAAUCCUGGGAACAACAGGGCUCAAAAUACAUAUUUUGCCCAAUUCUGAUAACCAUCGAAUCUGACUCAUAAAUCGUGAGUCACAAUGCGGGUCCAUUUCACCCUGUACGAAGACAAAUUCUUUGACUGCGAUACAGAGGGUGGGUCGAGUGGGGCUUGUGAAACGUUUAUUAUACAGAAAUGCAGCAAUCUGUACUUUUACGAGGAUCGAGUUUCUUCAAUAAAUACGUUCGAAAACUGUAUAAUUAUUUGGGAGAAUUUAAAUUGUGAAGGUGACUGGACGGAGGUUGGGCCCGAAACUUGGCACCAUGAUAAUCUUAGUUCUCUAAAAAUGAGCGAUGGAAUACGGACUUGGGAUGAUCGAAUGUCGUCCGUUAGCAUUUGUGAGAACAACUGUGUUUCCAGUGGGUUUGUAUGUAGCGAUAAAAAGUGUAUUAAAAGUGGCGCGAUAUGUGACGGAGAAAAUGAUUGUGGAGAUGGUGCGGACGAAAGUAAUUGUACGUCGAAAACAAUUUACCCUCAAACUAGGGAAGAAAUCCCGGAAAUUGUAAUCAGUCCUUCAAAGCUGACUACUGAGAAGGAGCAAAUAUCAGCCACACCAGAAAUAUCUACGAUACCCAGCACUAACUGUUCGACGAAUGGAACGUACUGCGAGCGAGAUGGAAAAUGCAUUCCAAUAAGCAAUAUAUCAAACUGUGCCUUGACAGAUGUCAAAAACAAUGGGGAGAAACUUGACCCCGGUUCAUUAUACCUUACCACAGGCAGUGUCCUAACUUUGGUGCUCAUUGCCAUUGUAGUUUUUAUUAUGAUCGGAAUUUGCAUGGCAGUCUACCUUAUACGAAAAAAGAAAAGGAAUAAUAGGUCAAUUAAGUCACCAUCAGUAGAUAUUCCACUUCAACCAAUCCCUGCAGUAGUUCAACACCUCCUCCCCCCACCUCACCCAAUAAUUCAUUUAACACCUCCCUGGCAAAGUAACCCUUCUCUAACCUGCAUUUCCCUCUUGGGGGAAGGAUUUUUCGGAAAAGUGUACCAAGUUGAGGAUCAAGCCGCAAUUGUUCCCCCGACCAGAUAUGCUAUCAAAUGUGUCGACAUGGCAAAAACGCUGCGGAGUUGCAGUGGUCCUUCAAACACAUCAUCCGCUACAUCGUCUACUACAUUCCCCGGAACCAUCAGCCUUCAAAAUUCCAUGAACCUUCUUCUCAACGAGAUGCAAAUCAUGGACCAACUCUCAUCCGAUCAUGUAGUUCGUUACUAUGGAUGCUGGGCAGAAGCGGAAGAUUGCAGUCAACUCGUCUUAACAAAGUCUCGAUUAGAAGAGUAUAUUCACGAGUUGAUCGAGGAUUCCAAUAAUUCCGCGACAUCCACCCAAAAUUCGCCCUUGAGUCACAUCUUCAUCCGGAUGGAGCUAUGUCACUCCACUUUAAAACAUUAUUUGCAAGCAUACCCUGAACAAGGUGGGGAUGAAAUUAGUAUUGUUCAACAGGUUGCGACUGGACUCCUCUACGUGCAUUCGAAAGGUUACAUUCAUCGAGAUAUUAAACCAGGAAAUAUAUUUUUUAAGGUAGAAUCGUCUUCGGGAAAGUUGACGUGGAAAAUUGGGGACUUUGGUUUAGCAGUGAUGAGCAGAGACGAAGGAAACGUAGGGGCGGCGGGGACAUAUCUUUAUCAAAGUCCGGAAAUGAGGGAGCGAUUAAGGUAUACGGAUAAGACGGAUUUGUACAGUUUGGGGUUAGUUUGGGUCGAAAUUUUAAGCCGGGAUUUGGAUAGAUCUGCAGUUUUUGUACAUUUACGAAAUUUUAGUGGAAUUGAGCGACGUAAGUAUUUGAAUAAUUGUUGCAGGGGAAAGUUUAAGAAAGUGGUAAAGAUUGUGGAUCAGUUGCUAAUUGCAGAUCCGGAGAGUCGCAUAUGUUCCGAUAAGUUGUGCAAUUUGUUGAAAUGUUUCAAUGCAAAUGACACAUUCAAGUCAGUAUAAUAAUUUAGUGAUGUACAAUGCAUGCGCGUAACAACAUAAAUAUAAUAUGUAAAAAAAAUAAUAAAUACAUAGAAAUACUAAGGUAUGCACAUAUUUAUGUAUAAAUGUAUAGGUAAUUCUGUAAAAAAUCAUAAUAAAAUCUGGAAAUUUAUU